UGUAACGUAGAAUCUGUAUAUCAUUUCUUUUUAUUUCAUUAAGAAAUUGCAAAUUACAAUUCACAUCGACUCGUGCAUUCUGAAGAUAUUCUCUACGAUUUAAUAAAAAUAAAUAACACGUCUAAACAUUAUUCGCUGCUGACGAUGAUGGCUGAUAGCAGAAGUAUAAAACUAACUUGAUUGCUCAAAGACCGGAGGUCACUUACUAUUUGUGUUGCAAUUGUACUCGAGAUUGUUCUAAGCUCGUACACGUAAUCAACGUUUGUGUCUAGUGGCCGAGGAAAGCGGGCCAAGAUUCGAAAAAAUUCUUUUUUUUUUUUACAUUCUUGGCGAAAUUUGAGCGUGUAUCCUACGCUCGUUUUGCACUCGUUUUUACAUUGACCUGUUUAAAAUAUCUAGUUUGAUGAGAUAAGAGAGCGGCUAAUAACGAUAGAAACGUGCUAGCUGGAUCACUGGUCUCGUGUCUCAUUACUCGACCGAGGACUCAGCUCAGCCUGCUCAGCUCCGUUUUGCUCUCGCCGCGGGUUGCGUUGCAUCACGCGUAACUCGCGUGCGACGUGAGGGUCCGGAGCAAGUAAGAAAAGAGGUUAGGUAGUCUCGUGCACGGUCUCGCACGGCGAUCGCGGAAACAAAGAAGAAAUGGCAAGAUUAAUCGUCCAGAUCAGCAGAUGCGCGGCAAAAACGUUCGUCUCGCACGGCGAUUUCCUCGGCACAGCCGUCAAGUCGAAGAUACCAAUUCUCGCCGUGGCACGAUCCAUAACCACAACUCGGAACUUGAGAAUCGAACGAUUGUACACCGAUAAACAUGAAUGGAUAACGGUAGAUGGGAAAAUCGGCACAGUCGGUAUAUCGGAUUACGCGCAGGAUGCGCUUGGGGACGUGGUGUACGCGCAGCUUCCUGAUGUAGGAUCCACGAUCAAAAAAGAUGAGGAAUGUGGAGCCUUGGAAUCGGUGAAGGCAGCUUCAGAACUGAUAAGCCCGGUCAGCGGGAAAGUUACGGAGAAAAAUGAGGCAGUCGAAAAUAAACCCGGGUUAAUUAAUAAAUCUUGUUACAAAGAUGGUUGGCUAUUCAAAAUAGAAUUAAGCGAUCCAGAUGAGCUUAAGAGCCUAAUGAAUGAGGAGGCUUAUAAUAUGUUUUUGAAAUCAGACGCGCAUUAAGUUUAUAUGCUAGAAAAAUUUCCUCUAACGUAGAAUUUGAAUCAGUUAUAACUGUAUUUUUAAGAACUGUAAUUUCUAUUUGAAGAUACCAUUCGAAAUUUUAAUGAUGUUGUAGAAACACACAUGAAAGAUAUCUUGCUAUAAUUGUUCGUACAAUAUAUUGAUCAGCACGAUUUAAUUAAAACUUAAACAGAAGUUAUCUGUUAAUAUGUAAUUUGAUGUAGACUGCAGAAAGUUGUAAAGAACGAUAUCUUUGCCUUAUUAUUUGUACAUAAACAAGAAUUCGUACAAAAUCCAAAAUGCUGCAUUCAUUAUAAAUAUAUCAUUGCGUUUAUGGAAAAUAAGAUGUUAUAUUUGUACCUUAGUCACAUUAAGAGCAGUCACAACUGAAGUUACAUCUCGCGCGCAUACCGAGUAUCUGUCAUUUCAUUUAGCAUUUUUAUAAGUAAAAAUAAUGAAACAUUAAUUUAUGAAAAAGUUAGUGCAAGCAAGCAUUUAGGGCCACUUCGACCAAGCUCUGAUUAACUUAAUCGUUUUAGUCCAUUGGAAAUGACCAAUCACAUUUUUUCUAACACGUCAAAUAUGAUCUUAACUAAUCCACGUUAGAGUACUGUCAAAAAUUAUUUACUGCAAAAUUAAAAUAAGUUGUAAUGUUAAUGCAUUACAAAAAUGUACAAAACAAUUCAACACAAAGAUUUUAAUACGUAAAGAUAUUGUGUUUUAGCACAAGUCAUAAAUUGGUAUAGAUUGCGAGAUAGUUGCAAUAUUUUUAUUAGUCACUGUGCAACGUUCUUCAUUUUGUAUUUAUACAAAGCAAACAAAUAUAUUAUAUAUAUAU